GUGCCCUUUAAUGGUAAAACAAAAACAGAAUUACCUGGAAAAACUCAGCAGGUCUGGCAGCAUCGGCGGAGAAGAAAAGAGUUGACGUUUCGAGUCCUCAUGACCCUUCGACAGAACUUGAGUUCGAGUCCAAGAAAGAGUUGAAAUAUAAGCUGGUUUAAGGUGCCCUUUAAUGGUGUUGAUCCCUUUAAAGGGAAGGUACCAUUUUGUCAGUUUGGGUAAAUGUCGAAUUUAUCCAAGGAGUCGGGGCUUUCCCGCCGCCGACGAGAAUUAAAAGUGGAAAGUGGCCGCGGGAACCGAGUUUGUGCCACUGGAGCCGAAACGGCGACCGUCAACCGGGAUCAGGAUCAGGAUCCGGAUCAGGGGAAACCGGAGUGGGAGAGUCCAGAAAAUGGCCGCCACCAUGAAGAAAGCGGCAGUAGAAGAUGUUAAUGUUACUUUUGAAGACCAACAGAAAAUUAACAAGUUUGCAAGAAAUAAUAACAGGCUCAUAGAACUUAAAGAAGAAAUAGAACUGAAAAAGAAACAGUUACAGAACCUAGAAGAUGCCUCUGAUGAUAUCAUGAUGCUUGAUGAAGAUGCUGUGCUGGUGCCUUACCAAAUUGGAGAGGUUUUUAUUAGCCACUCCCAGGAUGAGACACAGGAGAUGCUAGAAGCUGCAAAGCAAAGUCUCCAAGGUGAGAUCCAGGCUUUGCAGACUCGUGUGGAGACCAUUCAACAAGUGUUAUCUGAUCUUAAAGUUCAGCUCUAUGCAAAAUUCGGAAACAACAUUAACCUUGAAGCAGAUGACAACUGAGCUGUUUAUUCUCACCAGCCACAUUUCAUUCAAUUGAAUGAUUAACUUCCCAAGUUGGACAGCUAUUGCAGUUUGCUUUAGGAAAUGGUGAUUUUUUUUUUUAAAAAAUCAGAGUCAUCAUUUUGUUCAUUAUAAUGGGACUGACUUUUAAGAUUUUUGUCCUGCAGCUCCAUUUAUUUGAUGGAGAUUUUUUUUUUAUAUGUGCUUGCACUCGUUAUUUAUUUGUUACGGUGGAUCCAUAUUCUGAUUUUUGAAUUGUCUAUAAAAUAUUCAGACCUUAAGUCCCAGAUUAGGAAAGCAUUCAAGUAAACCUUUAGCAUUCAAAUAUCAACCUAUUUUUUGAUUGCUGUAACACAUUGAGACGAAUGUUCAUUUUGGUCAACUUACAUAAUCCACCUUCCCAAUAAAAUAAAUAAACUUUCACAAUGCUAAA